AUGCCUACGUAUAACAACCAACCCGCCGCCACCGAGGCCGAUGCCGACGCCGGUUGGACCGCCUUAGUCCCGGCGGUGCUGGCCCUGGACGCGCAGAUUCCGGUUCCGGCCAACUACUCGCUAUUCUUCGGCCGGCCCAACCCCAUGGAAUCUAUCGACUUUGAGCCGCACCACCUGCACACCAUGCCGCGCGACGCCCUCAUCACUUUCUUCGAGCGCAAGUGA